AUGGCUGUUGGCGAAUCUAGCUCUAUCCCCAGCUGGAGCUUGGAGGGCAAGGUCGCCGUCGUCACUGGCUCCGGCCGUGGUAUUGGAAAGGAGAUGGCCCUUGAGCUCGCCCGCCGUGGUGCCAAGGUCGUCGUCAACUACGCCAACAGCUCCGAGGCCGCUGAGAAGGUCGUCGCCCAGAUCAAGGAGGGCGGCUCUGAUGCCAUCGCCGUCAAGGCCAACGUUGCCAAUGUCUCCGAGACCAUCGCUCUCUUCGACAAGGCCGUCGAGCACUACGGCAAGGUCGACAUCUGCUGCUCCAACUCGGGCGUUGUCUCUUUCGGUCACCUGAAGGAUGUCACCGAGGAGGAGUAUGACCGCGUCAUGUCCAUCAACACCCGCGGCCAGUUCUUCGUCGCUCGUGAGGCCUACAAGCACAUGUCCGAGGGCGGCCGCAUCAUCCUGAUGGGCUCCAUCACCGGCCAGGCCAAGGGUGUCCCCAAGCACGCCGUCUACUCCGGCAGCAAGGGUGCCAUUGAGACCUUUGUCCGCUGCAUGGCCAUCGAUGCCGGCGACAAGAAGAUCACCGUCAACUGCGUUGCUCCCGGUGGCAUCAAGACCGACAUGUACCACGCUGUCUGCAAGGAGUACAUCCCCAACGGUGACAGCCUCAGCAACGACCAGGUCGACGAGUACGCUGCUACCUGGUCUCCCCACAACCGUGUCGGCCAGCCCAUCGACAUUGCUCGCGUUGUUGCCUUCCUCGCCUCCCAGGACGGAGAGUGGGUGAACGGCAAGGUCAUCGGCAUUGAUGGUGCUGCCUGCAUGUAA